CCGUCUAAUAACUGGGUGAGAAGUCUGCUGAAGCAUCUUCUAUUUGUCUUCUAUCUUUACUCACCAGCCAGUGAAUUUGACCUCCUGACGGGCCACCACAAACAUUACGCAGCGGUGUGAUGACGCCAACACUGACAGAUGAGACAUGGAGCGGAAAUGCACGAAAGAGAAAAAAAGGGUCGAUUUUCCUGUAUGUCUAUCGCUCAGAGCAUCCAUCCUGCCAGGCUGCUGGGAGGUUCACUACUGUAUAUAGAGACAACCCGCCUCACAGCUCAGCUGUGCGUAUCGACCUCUGUGGUUCACUACAUCUGGAUUACUGGGAAGCAGAGGGAUGAUACUUACAGAAAAGAUUACUCCACUAAGUACGCAUACUCUCCAGCAGGUUCAAGACGAAAUCAACUCCGAAGUCCACAACAGACCAAAGAAAGUAAUGCUCACAAACGCCAGCCCGUGGGUGUAUUUGGCAAUGGAAAGCAUAAACUUUACGCACGUUCCUGUUUCCACAAACGAGACGCCGGUUCAGUCCUCGCAGGGUACCACUGAGAACAGAAUGGCUUUACCGAUUUUUAUGUUUGCUGGAGGUGCUAUUGGGAAUAUAAUUGCGAUAAUCGUUCUUUCAGUAUCAAGACAGGAGAGGAAAUCUUCAGCUUUCUUCACUCUGGUGUGCGGUCUGGCAGUGACGGACCUGCUGGGCACAUGUCUGGCCAGCCCGCUCACCAUAGCCAACUACCUAAACCCGAAUGUGCUGACUGACAGACAUCUCUGCGAGUUUGACUCCUUUUUGUUGCUGUUUUUCGGUUUAACCGGACUCAGCAUCAUAUGCGCCAUGGCUGCCGAGCGGUACCUGGCUAUAUGCUGCCCCUACACCUACCAGCGGUGGGGGGUGGACCGACGCUUUGCGCAAAAGUUUCUUUUAUGCAUUUAUAUCAGUCACAUCUUCUUCUGCUGCCUCCCGAUGAUGGGCAUGGCAGGGAGCGAGCUGCAGCCGUCCAGAACCUGGUGCUUCAUCGACUGGAGGGCGGGUAAGCCUGUGGCCGCAACCUACACCGUCCUGUACGGCGUCGUCAGCGUGCUGCUCAUCCUGGGCACCAUCGUGCUGAACCUGGCGGUGUGCGGAUCGCUGCUGCUGAUGCGGCAGAGGACCGUGCAGCUGCCCGUCGCCAGAUCCAGCGUCCGGGAGCGGUGGAGGGCGCUGUCCUCCGCCGCGGAGACGCAGAUGAUGACGGUGCUGGUGAUGACCUCCGCGGUGGUUCUGGCCUGCUCAGCCCCGCUAGUGGUCCGUGUGUUUGCCAACCGGUUUUUACUGACAGUUGACUCCAAAGCUGACCUGGCUGCCAUCCGGAUAGCCUCUGUUAACCCAAUCCUCGACCCCUGGAUCUACAUCCUCCUCAGGAAGUCCCUGUUUCGCCGGUUGCUCAGUUUGUCGAGGCGAGGUAGCAGCUCUCGCAGUAGUUCCACCUCAACAACAAGAAAUCCGUUUUAUACUGAAAUCACUAAGGACAGCCAUGUGUUCUCUGAGCUCAUGCGUAACACCAACAUCAUCACUCAGCUACCUGCCACCGUCAAGUUCACAUCGCACGACACAGCGAGCCUCCAACAGACUUAAAACACUGCAGACUGGGGACGUGUAUGACAGCUGUGAAUAUUUGCUGCUUUGUCUCGCUGCAAGUAGCUUGAUGCAGGGAAACAGACUCUGUUUAAGAGCUGAAGGCAGUGGGAUUACAAUGUUUUUGGCCCCACGGCUGGACAGGACCCUUAAAAGCUCCAAAGGGAUUAUUUAUUAAAUGAAAGUGGAGAGCCGCUCUGAUAGGCUCUAUGAAGAGGGCUCCUGCAGGGACGGAGGACUGAUGAGGAGGAAAAAGCUACUAGACUCUGAUGUUUUUACUUAAGAGAAACAAUAAGACAAGACUGAGCCUUUACUUUGUGCCUUUGACUGUCAUCCAGCCUCUCCUCAUCUAAUAUAAACUCACUCUUUUCCUAAUCCUCUCUCCUUGCCAUCUCUCACGAAACCCCCACCUCCAAGAUCAGCCACUCCUUCUAUAUGUGAAUUAGUCAGUUGGAUGUUAAAGGAAUAGUAUACAGCUCCUGCAGAUAAAUCUACACCUCAGUUCAUCCAAACACGGCACUCAAACUGACCAGUGACUCAAAGUCAUGUUUUCACUGAAGAGAAAAGAGCAUGUGGACAUUUCAACAUAUUUUGGAUGACUGGGUGAGAAUCAUCACAACUGUUUUUUAUGUGAGCUGCUCUCAGUUACGGCUCUGUUCAUAAAAAGUCUAUUCCAGAGUGAUUUUUAUGGUUGAUGAGGCAUUUGAAACACUUAUGAGCUUUUAUGAGCUUGAUGA